CUCUUGUAGUAGCUUUGACAAGUAACAGUGUCCGAAAAAAUAUUAAUCAAAUUCGAAUCUUUCAUUAAUGGAAAAACUCAGAUCUUCUCUUGACCUCAAUUAGAUAAUAAUAAACAGAGAGAUUCUCUCUCUCUACCAAGAAGAAGAAGAAGAUUGGAUAAAGAUGAUCGAGAGAUGUUUAGGAGCUUACCGGUGCCGGAGAAUCCAAAGAGCUUUACGCCACUUAAAGGUAACGGUUCUCUGCCUCGUUCUCACCGUUGUCGUCCUACGUGGCACAAUCGGCGCCGGUAAGUUCGGUACACCGGAGCAAGACCUGGACGAGAUCCGUCAGCAUUUCCAAACAUCUCGUAAACGAGCUGAGCCUCACCGUGUUCUGGAAGAAAUACAAACCGGAGGCGGCGGCGGAGGAGGAGGAGAUUCCGUCGACGGUGGCGGCGGCGGGAGCAAUAACUACGAGACGUUUGACAUCAACAAGAUAUUCGUCGACGAAGGAGAAGAAGAGAAACCCGACCCGAAUAAACCGUACACUCUCGGACCCAAGAUAUCCGAUUGGGACGAGCAAAGAUCCGACUGGCUAUCCAAGAACCCUAGCUUCCCCAACUUCAUCGGACCAAACAAGCCACGUGUCCUCUUGGUGACCGGUUCUGCUCCAAAGCCGUGUGAGAAUCCUGUGGGAGACCAUUACCUCUUGAAGUCGAUCAAGAACAAGAUCGAUUACUGUAGGCUUCACGGGAUCGAGAUCUUCUACAACAUGGCUCUGCUCGAUGCUGAGAUGGCUGGGUUUUGGGCGAAGCUGCCGUUGAUUAGGAAGCUUUUGCUGUCUCACCCUGAGAUUGAGUUUCUGUGGUGGAUGGAUAGUGAUGCGAUGUUUACGGACAUGGCGUUUGAGCUUCCGUGGGAGAGGUAUAAGGAUUAUAACUUGGUGAUGCAUGGAUGGAAUGAGAUGGUUUAUGAUGACAAGAAUUGGAUUGGGUUGAAUACUGGGAGUUUCUUGCUUAGGAAUAAUCAGUGGGCGCUUGAUUUGCUUGACACUUGGGCUCCUAUGGGUCCUAAAGGGAAGAUCCGUGAGGAAGCGGGUAAGGUUUUGACCCGUGAGCUUAAGGGUAGGCCGGUUUUCGAAGCUGAUGAUCAGUCUGCUAUGGUUUAUCUGUUGGCUACUCAGCGAGACACUUGGGGUAAUAAGGUAUACCUAGAAAAUGGGUACUAUCUUCACGGUUACUGGGGAAUACUUGUGGACCGAUACGAAGAAAUGAUAGAAAACUACCACCCGGGUCUAGGUGACCACCGGUGGCCAUUGGUGACUCACUUUGUCGGUUGCAAACCAUGCGGGAAGUUUGGGGACUACCCGGUUGAACGGUGUCUAAAACAGAUGGACAGAGCCUUUAACUUUGGGGAUAACCAGAUUCUGCAAAUAUAUGGUUUCACUCAUAAAUCUUUGGCUAGUCGCAAAGUAAAGAGAGUGAGGAACGAGACUAGCAAUCCGCUGGAGAUGAAAGACGAGCUCGGGUUACUUCACCCGGCGUUUAAGGCUGUAAAGGUACAACAAACCAACCAAGUUUGAAUACUCGGAUCUGCGGCGUUUAGGAAUUUGUGUUCUGUUUCUAGCUAUAUUCAUGUCUUUGCUUGUUGUUGUAAGAUGGGUGAAAGCAAAAGUAUUGUGCAUAGACAUCAGUUUGUUUUCUCUUUUUUUUUUUUCUUUUUUUUUUAAUCCAUAUUUCAGAAAUCAAUAAUAAUCAAUGUUAAUUGAACAACAUUUUUAACCUG